UAACAACACAUAUUACUCACCCAUACACCAAUGUACUGACUGAUCAACAUAAAUUAGCAAUAUGUAAAUUUAUACAAAUGACUCUUGUAGGCAAUAUAGAAAUAUACAGUACUUGUUGUAACACGUUAUUUUACAAAUCAUACUACCCAAUUCUACUCUUAUCUUUCUUUGACAAUGUGAAUUUUAACAAAAUGGUGAGAUGAUUCUUUCUCAUGCAUUUCUUACUUUCUUAAAAGUAUCAAGAUAAAAUUCUCAUUGAAGUUUAGUUCUUAAUCAAUCCAUUGCCAAAAUCUAUCAUUAAAAGUGACAUGUAUAUUUUUCGUGCAUCUAUUUUUCCAUUAUAAUGUGUAACAAAAAUAUUUUAAUUCAAAUCAUUUUCUUUAUAUAGUGUGUAUGCGCACGCGUUACAAUAAGAUACUUGUAAACGGUCUUUUUCUUCUAUAUUGUUCCCCUACGCUUCUGUACAUAAUUUCUAUUAUUAGUUUGAUUGGCAGAAAUUUUAUUCUGCCUACUAGUAUAUCAAAUAUAAUAACUACAUAACAGAUACGGCUGAUAAGAAAUAUCAACCAAUCAGUGUUCUAGUUAAGACAAGUUGAUUAACUUACUACUUAAAAUCUGUAGGGGAGAGAGGUUGUUUUUGUAGUGAUUAUUUGUAAAUUUUAAAAAAGUGUAUACACAUUCUCCUACCCCUUUAAAUCUAUAUUUGAAGGCAACACCUUGUGAUUAACCAGUCGGAAGCAAAUAAAAUAAGAACUUGUAUGGAUAAAUGAUUAAAACUUUAAUGUAAUGUAUAUUUUAUAAUUAUCAACAGAACCAUGUUUCAUUAACAUUAAAUUUACUUUUUCAUUUAUAAACUUCUCGAGAAUUAAUACCUUUACUAAUAAUGACGACACCUAUCAUGUCAGAGAAUAUUAAUUAUCUUCAAGAAAUUUCCAUGAAGUAUCUGGAAGAAAUGAUACGUCUCAAAAAUAAUUAUUUGAUCAAUAAUAAUGUCAAUAACAAUGUUGUUCCAUGUGAAAGUGUCCCAUAUGCCAAUGUAUGUGAAUUAUCUGAUUAUCAAAGAAACUAUUUCACAAAUCUAUCUUUAUAUUUACAAAAUACCAAUGAAAAUUUUACUCAUAUUAAUAACAACUCUGUUAGUCAGAGUGAUCAUGUAAAUCGAGAACUUCGGAUUAAUUCACCGAAUAGUUGCAAUAAUAAUAAUAACAAUGACUCUAACAACUGUAUAUUUAACCUAAAAACUAUUAAUCAUAAGACGUAUGAUCAUCAGCUUCCGUGCAAUCGACUAAACGAAGAUACAUUUAAACGACUGGAUAUAUCCAAGGAAUUAACCAGAAAUUUUGAUCAAUGCUGUACAGAUAAUCAUUUCAAUCAAACCCAAUCAAAUCAAUCAGCUUAUGGAAAUUUCUGUGCACAAUUACAACAGUAUUUAAUAUUAAUAUGUGAAUGGCUUAAACGUACAUCUAUUAGUACCGGCCCUACAAAUAUGACAUCAACUGUCACUAAUACUAUUGCUAAUAAUACUACUACUAACAUGAAUAUUAAUAAUAAAGACAAAAUGAACUGCACGUACAACUGGAUACCUUCCGUCACAUUAUCCCCAUGUUCCUCUGCUUCAACAGUAUCCCCUAACAGUAUGACACAUUUAUCAGAUACGAAGAAUAAUCAUUCAUCAAAUAAUCUGUCUAACAUUUCCACUUAUUCCUCAACAGUAAAAAGUUCAGCGUUCUCUUCUUUUACUUCAUGUUCAUGUGUCUGCAGUGCUUCUUCAUCAUUAUCAUCAUCUUUCCUUACAACAACACAUUCAUCAUUGAGAAAUUCAAAUGCUUAUACAAAUACAUCUCCAAUUAAUACCAGAGAUCAAGCAAAUAUAACAAAUUCCAUUCAAAAUAUAUCAAAUGACAUUUCAGAAAACGUUCAUUUAUCCAAUCAUAUUGAUCAUAUUGAACCAAUAUUGCCUAAAAUUAUAAUGAGCGAUAUGGGAGACAGAAUUACAAACUGUAAACAUCAAUAUCAACCAGAUCAGUAUACAAAAUUAACUGAUAAUUUUACUGAAAAAAUGUAUCAAAAUAUUUUAUUUUAUUACUACUAUUAUAUAAAUUAUAAUCAUUGGAAAAAUAAGAACAUCACUAAUAUUUCUAAUGUUAAUAUUAUCCACGAUCAUAGUAACUAUAUGACACCGACAGAGUUCACUGUAAUGGCAAAUGAAAAGCAAAGUGAUUUACAUAAAAUAAAUAAUAAACUUCCUACUUCAAAUAAUAUAAGUAGUAGUAAUUAUCCUAAUAAUACGACUAAUAACGAUUAUGAUAGUAGACUUAGUGAUUAUACACAGAAAAUAAUGCUUAAUUAUAAGAAAUUAUUUGAUCAAUAUUCGAGUGAAAGAAUCAAUUCGAAUAUAUUGACAGAAAGUGCUAUGACACCAACAACAAUCUCACCAUCUAAUAUACCUGUGAUAAUUAAUAAUCUAACAAUUAACAAUAAAUCGAUUACUUCAAUUAAUAAUAAUGGUGAAAAUGAUCUUGAUGAUGUUCAUGAUGAUGUUGAUAAUUCUCAUUUAUUAAAUUGUCAAUUAAAUCAAUUAUUUUAUUCAUUUACAUGUAAUUUACAGAAAUUAGCAAUGACAUAUCCGAGUAAAAGUGAUCAAUGUCCAAUAAACUCACAAAAUACUAAACAUUCACAUCAUCUUAAUCAUAUUCAACAACAUAAACAACAUUUAACCACAGGUAAACGAUGCUAUAAAGCUAAUCGUGAGAAUACAAGACUACGAAAAGAUAAACGUUUCGACUUUAAACAUUUAGCUCAAUCAUGUGUUGAUUAUGAAGUAAAUGAUAUUCAUUUAUCAAAUUCAUCGUCAAUGUAUCAAACAGAAUGUUCUCGAGAAAAACAACUGAAAAAUCAAUUUUUUGACAAUAAUAUUACUGACAAUAAUAAUAAUAAUAAUCAACAUUUGAUUAGGACAACAAAAAAUCCAAUUAAACCCAUGGAGAGAAAACAGUUCAAGGAGGAUAAAGAUGGUCAUUUUGUUGAAGUACAUUUAAAAACUGCAAAUUCAAGAUUACGUGUAAAUUAUGGUCGAUUAAUUAAUGCGAAAGAAGACAAAUCAAAUCAUAGUGGACCACGUCGAAGAGUGCGUAAACAAUAUAUAUGCAGAUUCUGUUUACGUCAGUUUACCAAAUCGUAUAAUCUAUUAAUUCAUGAGCGUACACAUACGAAUGAGAGACCAUUUCCUUGUGAUGUUUGUGGCAAAGCAUUUCGUAGACAAGAUCAUUUAAGAGAUCAUAGAUUUACACAUAGUUCAAAGAAACCAUUUUUAUGUGAAAUAUGCGGUAAAGGAUUUUGUCAAUCACGUACUUUAGCAUUACAUCGUACUACACAUCAAUUAAAUCAAAUUGAUAGUAAUUUAAUUACUCAAACUAAUAAUAAAAUGAGUAUUUCAAAUUGCAAACCUAAAAAUGGCUAUAAUCAUCAACAUCAUUCUCUUUCUUCUUCUGUUUUCUCAACAUCACCAGGAGCAACAGCGAUAGUAGAAAAAACAACAACAUUAAAUAUGCCAAUUGGUACUUCAGAACUAAUCAAUUAUAAAUUCUAAAAUCAAUAUUUAAACAGGAUAUUCUCAUAGAUAAGAAGAAAUAGUGAAAUUGUUCAAGAGAUGUACUACAAUCGAAAAAAAAGUAUCCAAACAAAAUGAUAUUCUUUAACAUAUGUAAACAUACUUCGAGUAUACAUUUGAACAAAUGAAAAGAAGAUAGAAUUUAAUGAACAUGACAAAAAUAUAUGUAUUCACUUAUUUACUAAAUAAACGAGUUAAAAUAUAGAAAAGAACUAACAAGCAGUAUUCAUAAUAAUAUUCAUAACAGUAUUAUAACUCUAUAGAUAACUACUAAACAAAUAAGACAUAUGAUAUUUUCAAAAUGAAUUCAUUUUGUUCCACUUCUCUCCAAUUUUUUUUCUAUACCCUGUUUAAGACUUUUUUUAACCAACAAAUAUAUUUCGUUGAUUACCAUCAUCAUCAUUAUCAUCAUCAUCAUCUUAAUUUGACCAUUGUUAUAAUCAUUACAUAAUCAGAUGGCUUUUCUUUUUGUUUAAAAAAAAGAAUGUGUAUUUAUUUCUAUUCUGUACACACACACACACACACUAUUUGUUCAAUCUAAAGAUACUUGUUUUUUAAUGAAAAAUAUUUAAAAAUUUAAGAAACUAUGUGAAUUGUAUAUUAACUUUCGUUUAAUAUAAAUAUAAAUUUAUUUAUUUUUAUCA